CACCGUAGUUAUAGAAACGUAGUUUUUGUUUAUUAUUGUAAAUAGCCGGAAAACCGGGUAACGCCGCCAAAAUGCCGAAAGUACUGUUUCAGAAGUACAAGAAGGUGGUCAGCAACAUCGACCCGACCCGCCAUUCGGCAAAGUUCAAGGAAAUCGAUGAAAUGCGGCGCUCGCAAGCCGAAGAAUCGGAGUACUUGGCUGAAAUGGAGAUGGAGAACGAGGAGGAGAUGGAAGGCCAUAAGACCAGUGAACUGAGUCUGUCCGAGGGAGAACCGGCGCUGAAUAUCGGAAAGAUCGAUGUUUCGUUUCCGGAGACAAUCGAGGAGUUCGAAAACAGUCCGCAGUGCUAUCCGCCAUCUUAUUACACUUUGUCGCCCAAAGAGCGAUUGCUUUUGCUUUAUGCCGAGAAUUUCCGCAAGCAAUUGGUUCUUUCCCACCCAAAAAGACGAGCGAUGGUCCUGGCUUUGCCCAACGAAUGUAGAGUGCAGAAAUUUGUUUGCACCACCAUCAGGCCAACGGCGUUUAUCUACACGCAGCUCAUAUCGAGUGUUGAGGAAAUUGCUAAGUUUGUCGCCGACUUCAUUCAAUACGAGCCACUUGAAGAUCCAAUAAACUUGCCAACUCGGUUGAUUUCUCCGGAUACUUUGCUGCGAAGGCGCAAGGGCAACUCCUACGAAAUGGCCACUCUCCUGGUCAGCAUGCUGAUUGGAGCGGGCCACCCGGCACUGGUGGUAUCCGGAGUUGCCCGGGAGGAGAUCAUCCUGAACGACCAACUGGCCAUUCCCUAUCCCUAUCCGAUCGAAGAGGUGGAGGUGGUGGAAGAAAAGCCACAGGUCGAGGAGUCGGGACAGAAGUAUAAGCUGCGCGGAUUACCCGAUUUGGCGAGUCACCUCGAAGAGGACAUGGCCGAGGUUCACCGGCAGAAGGCCGAGGAGGAAAAGCGGAUUCAGGACGAAAUUAUCCGGAAGCAAAUGGAGGAACUCGAGCUGCUGGCCGUGGAUCGUUAUCACUACAGACGCUGUCACGCAUGGGUGGUGAUCAUAAACAAUGCUCCUUGGAGCGUGAAGCCGAAGACUACCUACGUGGACGUCAACGGGGAUGUGGUUGAGGCUCCUCCCACUGCCAUUUUCAUUGAACCCUCGACGGGAUUCAUCUGCGAAACGGGUUGCAAGCAGUACAUCCUGAUCGACAGCGUCUGGAAUGACUACAACUACUAUGUGAACAAGCAGAAGUACCAGAGGGUCGGCGAUCUGCGAUGGGAUCUGAGGGACACCGGCGACUGGGAGCACAUGUUGCCGGGGGAACCCCCCGAAAUGAGGGUCUACAAAGUGGCCUCCGAUGAGAACAUCAACGAGGAGGAUCGCGACAUCAGCGAGGAGAAGCACUUGGACUGCAUCUCAUCCUGGGUGGAGAGACUCCACAUCGGAUUGGCCGACUUUGAGCAGCGGUUUCCCAGCUCCGAAAAGAAAAUCCAAUAUAAAGGAGCCAUUCACGAGAGGUUUUCUCCAUAUUCCCAGCGGGAUGGAAAGGUCAUGCAGCUGACAGUUUUCAACAACGACGAGUGCACAAUCCCCAAAGUUCGAUACGAGUACUUCGAGAAUCGCUCCGACCUCAUGCUCCAUGUGAAGUACACAUAUGCCACCGAUCAGUAUGAAGAGAUAUUCGCCAAGGGUCGCAAUGAUAGUUUGAAAUCCAUUGAAUAUUUCUCGGACCCUUCACAACAGCGAAAGGUGUAUUUCUAUUCAAAUUCAAGAAUAGAUUCCCUGGAACUAAUGAUUGUUGAGCCGGACUCCUUGGUGCUCCACUACAAAGAUCGAGGGGACAAGUGUUGGUACAAGGAAUUCGAAUUCACUAAAGCUGGAAACGUACUCAAAAAAGUGACUGAGAAGUUUCACAAAGCCGGUGCAGAUGAUGUGGGCACGAGUGAUAUUGCAAUCCGCACAUUCCUCUUCCAGCAGAAUAAAAUAGUUCUCAAGUUCCAUUAUACAUUCGGAGCACUCACUGCAACUACAGUGGAAUUCACAAAGCCACCGAAACCGGAUUAUGGCAAGGAGCUCGUGUAUGAUGAGAAACUAACUAAAAUAUACAAGGCAAAUCCCCUAGAUCCCAUUCGCACUAAUCUCGAAUUGUACAGAUUGCUGCGCGAUCAACUUCAGUACGAGGAUCAGCUGAGGAAGAACUUUGAGAAGAUCUUCGAGGACAUCAACAACAUCUUCGACUUGCGCAAGUCGGAGAAAGCUGAACCCAAGCUCAAGUUUAGCAUCUUUGAUCCACUUCGCAAUGGAGCAGCCAGAGCAAUCAGAAUGAGACAGUUUGAAGAGGAAGAGGAACUCAAGAAGGAAAUAGCCAGUAAGCCUGCUGACUUCUUGGCUCCCUAUUUGGUGCCAUAUAAAGACCAGGAGGAAUUAACAGCCGAACAAUCUCAAUAUGCCUAUAAUGCCUGUCUGAAUGAUCUGAAAUCUAGAUUUGUCAGCCUGCUAAAUAACUUGCAACGCCACUACGAGGAUCUUACCUCCGAGUCGAAGUCCUUGAACCGGUUUCUUAACAAAUUCGAAAAUCAGUUCGACAACUACGACUACAAGCGUUUGGUUCAGCAAUCGAAAAAUCUGGAACUCAAUAAGCGAAUGGUUCAGCAGAGAUUGACCUUAACCCACGAGGAGUCCCAAAAGAAGUACGAAAUAGUUAAGAACUCCUUGCUCAAGGACACGCGGCUUAAUUUGAAAAAGGAAGAUGUGGGAAGGAGAGCAUCGGAGUCAUCGAAAUAAUGAGUUGAACUGUAUUUAAGUUUAUAGAGUAAACAAGAAAUAAACGGGUUAAAAACUUAAA